AGGGUGAGAUCAAACAUAGACUUUGUUUUUUUCUGUAGUGCAUUGGGUAGGACUUUGCUGUUAUAUGAGAGACUGAAAAGCAUAGAAUGGCACAGCACUUUUAGGCUGUAAUUUGAGACAUUCAGACCCAGCUUUCAACACCCUUAAUCCUUACAAUACAUAAUUCAGGGACCACUCCUACAAUAAAAUUCAAAAAAGAGAAAGAGAUCCCUUCCUGCCUUCAAGUUCCUGUCUUUAGCUUCUCCUCAAAAUGGGUUCUUCUCAUCGAUUGUUCAACAGGCAAAGAACUCUUCAUCAGAUCCUUGGUGGUGGUCAAGUUGCAGAUUUAAUACUUUGGAGGCGGAAGAACCUGACUGUGGGGAUAUUGUUGGUCACACUAGCUGCUUGGAUUGUGUUUGAAAGAUCUGGUUAUACUCUUCUGUCUCUUGUAUCUAAUGUUCUUCUCCUUCUCAUUGUCAUUCUUUUCCUUUGGGCCAAAUCAGCAGCGAUUCUCAACAGACCUGCUCCACCUCUACCACAGUUACAUCUGUCAGAGGAAAUAGCAAACGAAAUGACAACUUUUAUCCGCACCAGAGUCAAUGAUCUGUUAUCAGUUUCUCAAGAUAUUGCCCUUGGUAAAGACUCAAGGCUGUUUCUGAAGGUAGCUGCAUACCUCUGGUUAAUUUCUAUUGUUGGUGGCUUGACUGAUUUCCUUACCCUGGCAUACACCAGUCUCUUUAUUGUUCUUACCGUACCAGCACUCUAUGAAAGAUAUGAAGAUUACAUAGAUAGAUAUGUCUUGAAGGGAUACAAUAAAUUAUGCCUAUUUUAUGUGAAAAUAAAUGAGACAUAUGUAAGCAGAGUCCAAAAUUGGAUUCUGGAGAAGAAAAAGCUGAACUGAGUUUGUUUUUUCACAUUUAUUUUGAUAAUUUCUUUUUUAACUCUUCUCAAAUGUGUCAUACAAGAUCACUGGUGAGAUUGUAAUUGUGAGUUUGAGGGGACAAUAGUGAUCUUCUCUCCCUUCGAAAGUUUCCUCCUUUUGCAUUUUCCAUCUUCUAUGAUGGAUCUCUUUUUUGGUACAUAAUGAUGAACAUCUUAAGUUGGACUGGUUCAUGUAGUCCACCAGGUAUUUAAUGUUUCUUCCUAGGUUGACAAAGAAAAGAUAUUGGUGCUUCUACCUGUCCAC